UUCGUAUCGAGGCACGUAGACUUGAGACGAGUUGGUCAUCUGGCCUGCCUUCGCCUUUCACAUUCUCGACUUUAAGCAACUUAUAACGCUCCUCAUUAUGUCUUUCACAUCUAUUCCAGUUCUUGACUUGUCUUUGGCCAAGGACCCAGCUACCAAGCUGGCUUUCCUAGCAGACCUUAGGCACGCUCUUAUGGAAGUGGGCUUCUUAUAUCUCCAAAAUGUCGGCAUUUCACAGGAGGUGUUUGACCAAGUCAUUCGGGAAGGAAAGAGCUUCUUUGACAUCCCGAAAGAGGAAAAACUCAAAAUCGAAAUGAAAAACGCCCCCUCCUUCCUCGGCUACUCCCGUCUCUCCGCCGAGAUCACCGCCGGCGCCAUCGACCACCGCGAACAGAUCGACCUCUCUACCGAGCAUCCCUUACCCGAGCCCGGCGCGCCAUUACACUACAAUCUGCUAGCACCCAACCAGUGGCCAUCACCCAAGGUGCUGCCUAGCUUCCGCCAGGUGUUCACCGAUUACAUGAAGAAGAUGGGCGAGAUCUCCAUCUACUUCACCAGCCUGAUCGCCGAGGCGAUCGAGCUACCCGCCAACGCAUUCGACAAGUACUUUGAUAAAGACCAGCAGCACAAGCUGAAGAUUGUCAAGUACCCGGAUGUUGGUACGUUGGGCAAAGAAGGCAAGGAGGGGAAUCAGGGCGUGGGGCCGCAUAAGGACAGUAUGCUAUCGAGCUAUCUCCUCCAGGCCUCCCAUCACCGCGGCCUGCAAGUCCAAAACAUGUUUGGCGAAUGGAUCGACUGCCCGCCCAUCCCCGGUACCUUGGUCGUCGCCAUCGGGCAAGGUCUCGAAGCCCUAACGCAGGGCGUCUGCGUGAGCACCACGCACCGGGUACUCUCGCCGGCCGCCGGCGAAGGCGCCCGCUUUUCCAUUCCCUUUUUCCAGGGUGUGAGGGGCGAUACCACCUUUGACGAUUUGGAAAAGGUUGGCGUCGGACAGGUGCCCGAGCACGUCAAGGAGCAGCGCAGAAGGGUGCUCAAGGUUAGUGGUGGCCAAAGGUUGGAUGAUGUCGAGUUUACGUUUAGGAGUGGAGGGGUGGCGACCACGUUGGGCGAGGCCACGCUGAGGAAUCGGGUGAAAAGUCAUCCGGAUGUGGGAGAGAGGUGGUACCCAGAUAUCUUGAGGAGUCUUAGGGAGGAGCAGAGUAGGGCGGCGGCUGGGAGUAGGAAUUCGACUGUAGGAGGAGGCGCGGCAAUGGUACCGGAGGGGAAGACUGUUGAGGCGCAUUAGUUUCUUUCAGGUUGCGAGUAUCUAGGAUGGGUUCGGGGGUAGGGCGGCGGGCGAUUAUAGCCAGCGUCUUUUACCAUUUGCCAGGCGUCAAGAGAGCGUAGGGAAGAUUAUGUCUGUGUAGUCCAGCUGUGUGUAUCAUGAUUGAUCUCUCGAAGUCUACCAGAUCAAAUCGGGGGUAUGUUUCCUCUUGUAUUUAUUAACGUCAAAUCCAUUGUGAUACGCCUUAUCCCACCCGCUUUGAUGCAUCGCCAUUUAUGUAAAUCACUCCCGUCUGGUGCUGCUUAGCACGUUUUUCUUGGUUCCCGUCCAGCUAUUUUUUGGUGUCUUUGUUGAUGCUCCGUUACUCUGAAUCCAAACUCCCAGACAUCAGAUAUCGGAUCGUCACAGAUCGUUCGUUCGACGGAACAUGGAUAAUGCGCGUUUAUUUCUUGGGCUGCUCGACGAAGCCGGGGAAGCAGUCCGCCAGCGUCUUGUUGUGCUUGUUCUGAGCGUGCUCAUCAAGA